AUGCCCGUUUUCCGGGAGAAGCCCGGCGGCUUCGAUAUAGUCACAUCCCCGCUCAAGUACAAUCUUACGUACUGCAGCGGGUCGCUUUUCGGUCACAUCGACCCGCGCGCGCUGGGGGAUUGGAUUCAGUACCACCAUGGGGUAGUGGGUGUGGAGAAGUUUUUCUUUUAUGAUCAUGGCGGGCUUACUGUGGAUAAUGAUACGGCGGCUGUGGUGGCGCCUUAUGAGGAGACGGGGGUGGUGACUGUAACGAGGAUGAAGGGUGGCCGGCACUUUGUGUCGUACUAUUCGCACCAGAUUAUGAACCAAAACGACUGCCUGUAUCGUUCACGAUUCCUCACCAGGUGGCUGCUCUACACGGACCUCGAUGAGUACAUCUUCACACCCCCGCCAGCCACCUUCCUCUCGUGGCUUGACGGCCUCCCGAGCAACGCGUCAUGGGCCAGUAUGGGAUCAUAUAUGCACAGCAUUAAUACAUGCAGCCAGCCGCACCACGGCAAUGCCACUAACGAGUCACAGCUCCUAGUGGAGCAUUUGCCUUGGCGGGCGGAACUCCCUAGUUGCCCUGACCGGGCUAAGGCGUUGGUGUGCCCGGGAGCGCACGGGAGGAGGAAGCAGGUGGUGGAUCCGAGGAGGGUGAACAUGGUAUCAGUGCAUCGCGUGGAGGACCCUUGGGAUUUGUAUGGAGUGGACUGGAACGCCUCGUUUGCCGAGCCUCUGCCGAAGCUGAUGCAUUUUCAAGGGCUUCCGGUGAGAAAGCCUGUUAAUGUGCGGUGUAGGGAUGUGAAGGAGGGGCCUCUGAAGGAGGGAGAGGUGGUGGAAGAUGGGAAGAUUGAAGCUCCGGUGGAGCAAACGAUUAAAUCGCUUGAAGUGACCGAUUCAGGGGCUGGGCGGAGGCAGCAUGGGAGCGGGGCGAGUGAGCCCGAGGAGCCGGCCGGCUGGACGGGCGCACGGAGCAGACUUUUGAGUCAACUCGUCAGGAGCGGGGGCGAUGGUAAAGAAGGCGGUGGAGGAUUGGACCAAUCAACGCCGCCGAUGUCGUUUGUGGUUCAUUUCGGCGACAUUGUUGACGGUUUUUGCCCCACAGACAGAUCCGAGGAAGCUGUGAAUACGGCUCUGGAUGCAAUGGCUGGUUUCACAGCCGGGCCCACAUACCACAUGUUCGGUAACCACUGCUUGUACAAUCUGCCUCGCGUCACUCUAAGAUGCUCGCCAUCCCCACUGCUGCUGACAACCGCUCCUACUAUGACUUCUCGCCCUUUCCUAACUUCAGGUCAGCAAUACUGGAUUUAUUCCGCUUCUCCCCCCCUCGUCCGCCCAACCGCGCUGAAAUCCAUGAGUCAAGGCAGCAACGAAGCGGUGGCAGCGCUGUUGGUGGCGGCGAAGCAAGGGGGACAGCCCAUAAAGAGGUGCUGCUUUAGUGCACCCACCGUCCCACGGUAA